AUGAAGUUACAAGUACAGGCAGAACUUAAUGGGAUAUCUGAAUUUUUUCCUCUAGAUACCCCGGAGUCCCCCUUUGAAUACGUCUUCAAGAUUCAAUGCACCUCUUGUAGAGAGAUCCAUGAAAAAGAAGUCUCAAUCAACACAAUAGAAAAACAUGAAAUUUCUGGAAGCAGAGGUGAGGCAAGUUUCGUUUUCAAAUGCAAGAUCUGCAAAAGAGAAUCUUCUACUACGAUACAACGUACCAAAAACAACCUCACCUCAGAAGACGAAUCCAAGUUUGUCGAUAUCUUAGACAUCGAUAGCAGAGGGCUUCAGCUCGUGGAGUUCAUCCCAGUAGGGGAAUUCGUCGGCCUUGGUGAAUCGGGGACCAAGUUUUCCGUCGAACUAGAAGAUGGCGAAUGGUACGACUACGAUGAUAAUGCCGGAACUGAAGUCAGUGUUACUAAUGUGACAUGGAACCUAGUCUAA